AGUUGCGGCUGAUGUCAGAGAGAGCAGGAUCUACUGACCCACACAGAGAACUCCAAAGCCGACAUCAUGGUUGAAUGGACAGACUUCGAGCGUGCCACCAUCAUGGACAUCUUUGCUAAGAUGGACUAUGAGGUCGUGGGCCCCAGAGCUCUUUCCAGGUGUUUGGUCGUCUAUCCUUGGACUCAGCGGUACUUUGGAAACUUCGGUAACCUCUACAACGCUUCUGCUAUCAUUGCAAACCCAUUGGUUGCAAAACAUGGGACAACAAUCCUGCACGGUAUGGACAGAGCCAUGAAGAACAUGGACAACAUCAAGGAGACCUACGCCGAGCUGAGCGUGCUGCACUCCGAGAAGCUGCACGUGGACCCCGACAACUUCAAGCUGCUGUCUGACUGCCUCACCAUCGUGGUUGCUGCUCAGUGGGGCAAGGAAUUCACUGGUGAGGUCCAGGCUGCGUUCCAGAAGUUUCUAGCUGUGGUGGUCACCUCUCUGGGCAGACAGUACCACUAGAGAGCUGCGACGGAAGACCGACUCAUGUGGAGCUUUUAUGGAGAACCUUUUUGUUUUUGUCUCAAAAACAAAUAAAACAACAAGCAAAUUCAACAA